AUGGCUAUUGGUAACAUCUACGCCAUUGCGGCCAUCGCCGUCAUUGGAGGUGGCCUCUUCGGUUUCGAUAUCUCUUCGAUGUCGGCUAUCAUUAACACAAGAGCCUAUCUUUGCUACUUCCACCAAGGACCGAUCGAGUUUGAUGAGAAUGGCGAACAACGCUGUCGAGGCCCCACUGCCGAUGUUCAGGGUGGUAUCACUGCCUCCAUGGCCGGAGGCUCCUGGCUCGGUGCCUUGGUUUCUGGUUUCCUGUCUGAUAUCUUUGGCCGUAAGACUUCAAUUAUGAUUGGUGCUGUUAUCUGGUGUAUCGGUUCCAUCAUCGUCUGCGCUUCCCAGAACAUCCCCAUGCUUAUCGUCGGCCGUAUCAUCAACGGUUUCAGUGUCGGUAUCUGUUCGGCUCAGGUCCCUGUCUAUAUCUCAGAACUUGCUCCCCCAACUAAGCGUGGUCGUUUGGUCGGUCUCCAGCAGUGGGCCAUCACCUGGGGUAUCAUGAUCAUGUUCUACAUCUCCUACGGAACGAGCUAUGUCUCUGGCACUGCCGCCUUCCGCAUCCCCUGGGGUCUGCAGAUGAUUCCCGCCAUCCUCCUCUUCUUCGGCAUGAUGCUGCUGCCCGAGUCGCCCCGUUGGUUGGCCCGUAAGGACCGCUGGGAGGAUUGCCUCGCUGUGCUGACGCUCGUCCACGGCAAAGGCGACCCCAACGCUCCUUUUGUUCUUCGCGAAUAUGAGGAAAUCAAAGCCAUGUGCGAGUUUGAGCGCCAGAACGCCGAUGUCUCCUACCUCGAACUCAUCAAGCCCAACAUGAUCAACCGCACUCAUGUCGGUGUCUUUACUCAGAUCUGGUCGCAGUUGACUGGUAUGAACGUGAUGAUGUACUAUAUCACGUAUAUCUUUGCCAUGGCCGGUCUCGAGGGCAACAACCUGCUUGUAUCCUCGUCUAUCCAAUAUGUCAUCAACGUCUGCAUGACUGUCCCUGCCAUCCUCUGGGUCGACCGCUGGGGACGUCGUCCCACUCUCCUCCUUGGCGCCAUCGGAAUGCUUACCUUCCUCUUCGCCAACGGUGGCUUGAUGGCUAGCUACGGCCAUGCUGCACCAGAAGGAGGCCUCGAUGGCAUUGAAGCCCAGUCCUGGAUCAUCCGCGGACCUCCCAGCAAGGCCGUCAUCGCCUGUACAUACCUGUUCGUGGCUGUGUAUGCCAUCUCCUGGGGCCCGGUCUCCUGGGUCUACCCCCCCGAGCUGUUCCCUCUCCGUGUCCGUGGAAAGGCCAACGCCCUCUGCACCUCGUCCAACUGGGCGUUCAACUUCGCUCUGGGCUACUUCGUUCCUCCUGCCUUUGUGAACAUCCAGUGGAAAGUCUACAUCCUCUUUGGUGUCUUCUGUACCGCCAUGUGCAUCCAUGUCUUCUUCAUGUUUCCUGAAACCGGAGGAAAGACCCUCGAGGAUGUCGAGGCCAUCUUUACCAACCCCAACGGUAUUCGCUACAUUGGUACUCCCGCCUGGAAGACGAAGAACGAGCGUGGUCGUGCGGCGAUUCUGGAACAGACUGGCUUCGACGCGGACGAGGAGAAGCGCGCUGGUGUCCAGCACGACGAAGUUCCCGAGAGGGCUACUCAGUAG